AUGGGAGCAUCUUUCUUGGAGAAGUCGGUGACGAUCGCUGCCUUGUUUUCUCUUCUUCACUGCGCAUAUUCUGCAGCUCAACAUCGCUUCUAUCUGCGAUUGACCGAACAGCCGUUCACCCACUUGCCCCUCGACAUUGUCGUGCAGACGUUGGUUUCGCUUGUGGCGCUAAUCUACGGCGCUAGUCGUGUGGCCGGAACUCUCGAACCAAUCAGAGCUGAUAUUCAGAAUCGCCGUCGAACAUGGGACGAAGUCGGCUCAUGCCUCUCGUUUUCAACUUUCGACCAUCGCUCUCGGAUGCUCUCUCCGAUUCACUCAGCUCUUCGACAAGAUCAGGACGAA